GUGGAAGAGGUCAGACCCAAAACGGCAAAAUCUUUCUUUCAAUUUUCAUAUUCUUUUCUGUAGUAACAAAAUUUUAUUAAUUAAAUCAAAUAAGCAGCCUUUCCCCUUUCUUUCUUUCUUUCUUUCUUUCUUUUCCCCCUCUCUUCUUUCCUUUUCUCAACUGUCUUUCUCCAUUUCUUCGAUCAAUUUCUUUCCCUUCUUCUUCUUCUUCUUCAGUUCUUCUUCUUCCAUCUACUAUCUUCCAUUAUUCUACAAACCCUCUUUCUUUUUUUUUCUAGUAAUGCCUUUUUUUGUUUCUCAUCCAUCGCUUCCCCUUUUGAUUUUCCAUUCCAAUCGCUGACUUCGGUCUUGAUUUUCAACUGGAUCUUUGAUUUUCUCGAACCGCCAUUUUCUUUUCUUUUUGCUUCCUUUUGACCCCAAUUACGGAAGGGAUUAUUUAUUUUGGGUUUUGAUUGAUUCUACGGAUUGUUAACGAGAUAUCCAAGUUUGCGAUGUUGACCUUCAGAUUUUGGCUUUGAAGUAAUAUGGAACUGGUGGUUACGCGCAUUCAAAAUGAAUCUUUACAUUGGUCGCGAAGCGUCAAAGCUAUGGAAAAGAUUCUGCGCAGAGAUUAGUACGGAGAUCAGCCUUCUCAUCGAGAAUUGGAAAUACCUUCUUGGUGGACUUGUUUUUCAGUACAUACAUGGAGUUGCUGCUCAUGGAGUUCACUACAUACAUCGGCCAGGUCCAAUUCUUCAGGACGUUGGUUUCUUCCUUCUACCUGAGUUAGGUCCGGACAAAGCUUACCUAAGUGAGACACUUUUCACAUUCAUAUUUCUAUCCUUUGUUGCGUGGUCUUUCCACCCAUUUAUUCUCAAGAGCAAAAGGAUCUAUACAGUUCUCUUAUGGUGCAGGGUUCUAGCAUUUUUAGUUGGUUGUCAAAUUCUUCGUAUCCUAACAUUCUAUUCUACACAACUGCCUGGUCCAAACUAUCACUGUCGUGAGGGUUCAAAACUUGCCACAUUGCCUCCUCCAGAUAAUGCAUAUGAAGUACUAUUGAUGAAUUUUAGAGGUGUAUUAUACGGUUGUGGUGAUUUGAUUUUUUCAUCACACAUGAUCUUCACUCUUGUUUUUGUCCGGAGUUAUCAGAAAUAUGGCACGCAAAGAUUUAUAAAGCAAUUGGCAUGGUUGCUUGCUGUGACUCAGAGUUUGUUGAUUAUAGCAUCCCGCAAACAUUACACCGUAGAUGUGGUGGUUGCAUGGUACACUGUUAAUUUGGUGGUCUUUUUCGUCGAUAAGAAUCUACCAGAGUUGCCUGAUCGAACUAAUGGGACUGCUCUAUUGCCACUAAGCUCGAAAGAGAGAGAUACGAAGACCCGAGAUGAGAGUCACAAGCUCUUGAAUGGGAAUUCCGUGGACCCCACUGAUAGGAGGCAAAGGACUCAUCAAGUAAAUGGCAAGAUUCCCGAAGAUGGGAACGCUGUCCAUGUUAAUACCACGAUGAAUGGGGCCUAGCAUAAACAACACAACUGCUUGUGGAGGAUUGUUUAUUUCUUACAAUGUAGAGACUAAUGGCUUAUCUUGCCUAUGGUUGGCUCCUUUUCCCAAGACUGGUAAUCUGUUAUAUAUCUAUUUUAUUGGGAAACGCAGUACUUAGAUUUUACUUUCUUUACCAA